UUGUGUUGUUGAAGAGAAACACACCCACAUCAGGAACUGAAUUUCAGUUUAUUUAAAGCCUUUGAGGAAUUGAGAUCACAUAUCAGUGCCUCUUUCCUUCACACACCUGACUGUACUGAAAACUUCAGGAGCUAAAUGAUGCGGCUGUUUGUUUUCUUACUGAUAUUAACACAAACACGUGGAGAUUAUCCAGCAUUGAAAGUUCAACUAUUACAAAAGAGUUUGACAGACGGGUCUCAGAUGAUGUCUGUGUGGAUACAGCAGAAACUGAAGAGCACUGGAAUCCCAGAUAUCCACGGCAAUGUGGACAUUGGGAUCGGCACUAUAGACUACACUUUAUCGAAUAUAUGGAUUAGGCAGAGCAGCAUGUCGGGUCUAGUGAUGGAGUUUGUAGAGGGUACAGGUGUAUCUGUGAUGGUCAGUCAGCUGUCAUUGGCUGUCACAGGUAACUGGGCGACACACUUUGGACUUAUUGACGAUGGAGGUUCAUUUGAUCUGGCUGUGUACAACAUCAAUAUCAAUCUGCUCCUGUUGUUCAGUGAUGAUGAGUCUGGUCGCCCCCUCAUCUCCACCGGCUCCUGCACUGAUGGUGUGGGAGGAGUAGACAUGGAAUUUCAUGGAGGAGCGAGCAUUUUGUUUCAGCCGUUUGUCAGUGAAUUCAGAGGACAAAUCAAAGAUAUGAUUCAAGAACGGAUUUGCCCAGCAAUUACGCAAGUGACUGAUGAUCUAGAGAUGCAUCUCCAGGAAAUGCCAGUCAACCUAGCUGUGGAUCAGUAUAUAUAUCUGAGCAUCCCUCUCACAUCCUCUCCUUCUGUGACAAAUGACAACAUUCAGUUGGACAUGAAGGGCGAGUUUUACAGCAGCAGCUCUCCGUCUGAACCGCCUUUCUCUGCUAAAGACUUUGACCUGCAAUCCACAGAUAACUACAUGAUCGCACUGGGUGUAUCUGAGUUUUUUAUUAAUUCAGCAGCAUAUUCAUACUUCAGCUCUGGAAUUUUUCAGAUUAACAUUAAAGAUGACAUGAUACCAAAGAGUUCGCCAAUCCACCUGAACACCAGCCAGUUUAGCAUCUUUAUUCCCCAGCUGGCCUCAUUAUAUCCAGACACAGAGAUACAGGUGCUGUUAUAUGCCAGCGAGACACCAAUGUUCUCCUUCAACUCAGAAGAGCUGGACGUUCAUAUACCGGCUUCAGCAAAGUUCUCUGCUAUUAAACAGGAUGGAAGUCUGGUACCUCUCUUCGUACUGGAUGUGGACGGCUUCUUCAGUGGAAACGCUCAGAUUGAAAACGAACACCUGACCGGAGCUUUAAAAAUGAACAAUUUAACUCUGAAUCUUGGAUCAUCUGAAAUUGGUGAUUUCAAGACAGCACCACUUGAACAAGCGAUAAAGAUAGCGAUGAACAUGUUUGUUCUUCCAACAUUAAAUGAGAAGCUGAAGGCUGGCUUUGCCUUACCUGUGCUGAAGGACUUCAGUCUGAUUAAUACUAACAUGAUCAUUAAAAACGGAUUUGUGAUCAUUUUGACAGAUGUUGAAGCAACGCCAAGCAAUCUCAGCAAUUUAUUCUGGGACUAGGCUUAAGGGUUAGUUUACCUUGACAAUUUUAUCAUACAUCACUUACCCAUGUGUCGUUUAAACCUACGUAAAGUCCUUCAGAACACUUUUUUUGCAGGUGAUGUCAGCAGCAUGUGCUGUAGUCUGCUCGUGAAUGCAAACUGAACAACCAAGCAGGAAAACAAAUUAUUGAAUAAAAUCGUUUGUUUUGUUUUCUUUUUGCACAAAAGUGUUCUUGUUGCUUCAUAUUAUUAUUAUUUAACUACCGAUUGCACAUGGACCUUUUUGGUGAUGUCUUUCAUUCUUUUCUGUGCUUGAUUGUGUAAAUCAAACUGCAGUCUAUGGGAUAGUCACACAACUCGCUUUUCAUCAAAAAUAUUUAAAAAUGUGUUCUGAAGACAAUCUAAAGACUUGGUGGUUUAGAACGACACAUGGGUAAGUGAUUUAUGAUAAAAUUGUCAUUUUGGGGUGAACUAACCCUUUAAGCCUCAUCUGUGACAUCUGGCCAGAAUGUGCCAAACAAAUACACACCUGCAAUUAAUAAAAUGUUUCUUAAUGCUACAAUGCUUGUAUAAUCUAAUUGUUGAAAUCAUUUAUACAUUUGACUAGUUUUUCUUGUUUACAUGGUUCACUACAAUAGUAAUUAAAAACAAGAAUCCUGAAAACUGCCCAUAUAAUUAUUUAAUUGGCCUCCAUCAGUGCCGGGUAGUAACAGAUUAAAUUUAAUCCUCUGGAUGACUUAAUCACAUACCAGAAAUCAAGUAGUACUUGUGAUAUCAGUUCUUGUCAUUCUGUUUUAAUAGCGUAAAAAUGGAUCGGUGGCUAAACCAAAGAGGAGUCAAAAGAAAAGAUCUGGGGCCUCAUUUAUAAAAUGCUGCGUAAAAACCAUCCUACAUUUGAUCUUACGAUCAUUUAUAAAAAAUGCGUACGUGUGAUUCAUAAACCGUACGUACGCGCAAAAAACGCGCGUACCCCUUUCAAAUCUAUAAAUCGCAAAUGAACUUGAACUUGUGCGCAGCCGAGCAGUUUCAGAUCUCCGCCUUUAAACAAUGCCUAAUUAAUGUCACAGACAUAUAAAAGAGCACUUCUCAAUGUUUAAACCAAAUUUCAAACAGCAAGAAUGGCUUAUAUUUCCAAAAACCUGCAGCAAUCAGACAAGCAAAAGUGCGUACGUCUGCUCAGACCCUGACGUGGCGCUAAGCACUUUUCCACGUCAAAGACAGCUUUUAUAAAUAUGCACUUUGCCGUGGAUUUUUGCGUACACAAACUUUACGAUCAAAUCUGUGCGUACGCACGCUUUAUAAAUGAGGCCCCAGGCGUCAACUGAAAGCAGCUAAAAUCCACAGAUCUAUUAGUUUUGUAAUGUACUAGUUUUUGUUUCAUGUGUAAAAUCCCUGUAAUUUCAGUGAUUUUGGACAUUAAGGGGAAAAUUUUAUUUUCAGCAUUUUAUUGUUACCAUAGUUACAACCAUAGACUUCAUAUACCCACCACCCCAGUUUUAUACUAAUGGCUCUUUGGAAUGACAUUAAGUGGGACCUAGGCUGUUACAGUAUGUUUAAUUGCAGUUUUUUUUCACAUGUGCAAUUUGUUGUUCAUAUUAACACAUUAACUUUUUCAAAUGAAAUAAAAUUCAUAUAAUAAUUUC